GGAGAGAGAGAGAGACUGAAACCCCAUAAUGCACUGCAUGCUGCAGGGCUGAAGUCAUGUAGAUUCAUCAGUUCCUGCUUGUGGGGAUCGUGUGUGAGCGUACACACACUCAUACACUCAGUCCGAGCGCACACAGACAGUCAGGCAGAGAGAAGUGCCUUCUUUCGCUGACCCCUGGGGCUGUUUGGCUCCACUGAAGCCACCUCUGCCUCUGUGCCUCUCUGGGUCCGCCAGAGUUUGCCAGCCACCCCAGGAGCACCAGGACUGCCAACCCCACCCACUGAGCAAGUCUCCACACCACUGACACCUCCCAUCUCCAUCCCCUGCUCCCUCUGCCAGCCAGACCUUUCGCCAUCCAUGUCAAUCAGCCCUCUUCUCUGGAAGUCAACCACUCCCACCUCCUCUGCACUCAGAUUCUGACAGAGAAGACCGCUUUUAUCAGAUCCUGGGAGCGGAAGGAGAUCGUCCCCCUUGCUGUCCCAACUACUCCACCUCCUCCUUGUCUUUCUCCUCCUCUUUCUCCUCCCUCCUCCUCUCCUCCAGCCCUGCAUCGUUUCAUCAUGGGCCGACUCAAUCGAUAAUGCGUUUCGCCAUUCAUCUCAACUGACAGCUCAGCCGUGGAGCGAGGCGAGAGAACUGGUGUGUGUGUGCGAGAGAGGGAAAGAGAGAGAGAGAAAGAAAGGAAGAGAGAAGACGAGCGCUAGAUUGAAAGGCAAACGUCUGUGGCCACCACCAGCCUCGUCCCUGGGUGACAGGAAGUGAAGGAUUUUUAUUACAGCCACAAACAGACUGUCAGUGUUGGCUGCAGGUGGUAGUCGAGGCCUCACCUUAGAACCAUACCCGCAGGACAGAACCUCCUAAACCUGGAUGUUUUCCCAGGUUCUUUACAUCAUUCAUUCUUCUCAUUCGUCAAAGUGUCAUUAAAAACCAAACCGACGCACACAUAAUUGCAUUUGCUGGAUAUCCGUUCCUCUCCAUCGACCCCUACUACUUGGUUCAAAAUGGCGGUGAAUGUGACACCGAUCCGGGACACAAAGUGGCUGACACUGGAGGUCUGUCGGGAAUUCCAGAGAGGGACGUGUUCGCGGCCGGACAGCGAGUGCAAGUUUGCCCACCCUGCCAAGAGCUGUCAAGUGGAAAACGGCAGAGUCAUUGCCUGUUUUGACUCACUCAAGGGCCGAUGCUCCAGGGAGAACUGCAAGUACCUCCAUCCUCCUCCUCACCUAAAGACCCAGCUGGAGAUCAAUGGAAGGAACAACCUCAUCCAGCAGAAAAAUAUGGCGAUGCUGGCCCAGCAGAUGCAGCUCGCUAAUGCCAUGAUGCCGGGCACACAGCUACAGCCAGUGCCGAUGUUUUCAGUCACACCCAGCCUUGCAACCAACGCCAAUGCUGCUGCUGCGGCCGCCGCGUUUAACCCCUACCUUGGCCCCAUGUCGCCCGGCCUGAUGCCCGGAGACAUCUUGCCCGGUGCCCCCGUACUGGUCACCAGCAACCACAACGUCCCUGUUGCUGCUGCUGCCGCUGCACAGAAACUCAUGAGGACAGACAGACUGGAGGUAUGUCGAGAAUACCAGCGGGGCAACUGCACACGUGGGGAGAACGACUGUCGCUUUGCCCACCCGGCGGACAGCACUAUGAUCGACACCAACGACAACACAGUCACUGUGUGCAUGGACUACAUUAAGGGCCGCUGUUCGAGGGAGAAGUGCAAGUACUUCCACCCUCCGGUUCACCUGCAGGCCAAGAUCAAAGCCGCCCAACACCAAGUCAACCAGGCUGCAGCUGCUGCGGCUAUGACUCAGUCGGCUGACAAAUCACUGAAGCGACCCCUCGACGCAACUAUUGACCUGGGGCUCCCUCCCGUCUUGCCUCCGCUACCAAAGAGACCUGCACUUGAAAAAGCCAACGGUGCCACCACAAUGUUCAAUGCUGGCGUAUUCCAGUACCAACAGGCCCUGGCCAACAUGCAGUUUCAGCAGCAGACUGCCUUCAUACCAUCAGGCUCGAUAUUGUGCAUGACACCUGCAACAAGUGUUGUACCCAUGAUGCACGGUGCUACUCCAGCCACUGUGUCUGCAGCCACCACAUCUGCCGCAAGUGUUCCCUUUGCAACCGCAACAGCCAAUCAGAUUCCAAUAAUAUCUGCAGACCAUCUGACGAGUCACAAGUAUGUGACCCAGAUGUAGGAGUCUCAGUCUGAACAGUGGGAGUGGAGCGUCAAGUCCAAGAUUAGCAGUUACCCUUCCUGCCUGUAACAUCUAAAUCUGCAUGUUAACGUAGGCGGCAGAGUUUGUCGGGAUCUAUUUCUUGUGUAUUUCAUUGCACACUAUUUACAAAACAAUGGAAGAGAGCAUCAUUUGCAUUUACAGACUGCCUUUCACUCAGUAGAGGCUACUUACCUUUAUCCACCGGACACACUCUGAAUGUGAAAAUGAGAUAAACGUGUGGAAAACACCGACCGCUCGAUUGGUACGUCCAUUGACCAAGAAUCAUGACUGAUGGUGUUUGUUUGUUCACUGAUUGUUGGUCUUUGACCUGAAAUGUGUUCAUUUGUUUACACAGAGGUGCACCUUGUAUUUCAGUUGAGGUAAAAAAAGAAAAAGAAACAAAUAAUGCGACUGAAUCACAUAUGCAUGUACACACGAUUCUUUUGUUUUUUUCUUACUGACUUUCUUUGUUAAACCAAUGAUAAGGGAAAUGACAUGAGUGCACUCAGAGGCAGAAUAGCAACUGAAUGUGUGUGAGGUGACUUUUCGAAACCUUUCCGUCUUUCAAGCACAUGUCUUUAAACUCGCUAGCGUCCCUGUAAAGUGCCAUACAUCUCAAAGUACGCGAAAGGCAUUGGAGCAGUGUUACAAACAACUCCCUUUAACAUGUUUCCUCUCAUGGACGCCAUGUCACGUCUCGUGUCAUUACCUGUGAUUCCAAAUAUCACCACUGCUGAUCAGAUUAUCUUCCCCAGAUUGAAUGCUUUACUCAAAUCUUCUACUGAAUGAAAAGCUUUUUACUUUUAUUCUUCGAGUUUAACGUCGAUGUCGGUUGUUUAGACAAAAAAAAAAAGGGGCGGGAGCGGAUAUGUCCGUGUCUGUUUAGUUGAUGGCGACUAAGAUCUUAACUUAUAUGAUGAAUAGCUUUGACAGAACACAGCGAUCGGUCGGGAUGCAAACUGCUGAGAGAGAGAGGAGUCAAGAAUCUACACUUAUGUGAUUUGUAUGACCUGAUUUGUGUUCAUUUGUUUGGUUCUGCAUAUUUUAGGGCAGGUUGUGAAAGGUAGAUUUGGUGUAGUGUAUAUACAGUAGAGUCUGGCAUAUUUAAGAAAAUGUUAAAUACAUCUACCUGAGAACUGUUAGUCAGCCAAAGGCUUUUUUUGUGUGUGUGUGUGUGUCUCUGUUACUCGAUGUUGUGCGUAUCAUUUUUAAAAGCACGUGGGCCUCGUGAGUGAGCCCAAAGAAAUAAGGACUGAGUUUAUAGAGUAGUGUUUUUUGUUUGUUUUACGUGCGUGUUUGUGUUCUGAGUGUUGUUCAGGCGUAAUUUAAUUGGUGGGUAGCGCAGGGAAACGUGGUAAGAUACAUAAACGAUUGUAUUACUCAUCCAAAGCCUUAGAAUGUACCAUCGGGUCAGCACAAUGCAACAUGACAUUUGAAAUCAUUCAGUUGCCUAAUUCACGUCAUAUUAACACACACACACACACACACACACACACAAAGCACUAUGUAAUUGUCACUUUUUUUUUGUCAUCAGUGUUUUCUUAACUUUAUCAGACAAGGUGUGUAAUAUUACUUUAUUUUGUUUGGAUGACAUUUAGUUUUUUAGGUCAGAUUUUUAGUUUUGCUGAUUAUAUUUAUCUUUCUUAUAAUAAUAUAAGGUUUCAAAAAAAAAAAAAGUGUGUGUUUUUGUGUGUGUUUCCCCCCAUGCACAGUUUCCUGACAAUUCCAUGUAAGGUUCAUUUUUAGUAUGAUUAUGAUUGAAAACUCAGUAUUUUCUAUGUUAUGCAUAUUGUUGAAGUGUAUGCAUUUUUUUUCAUUUUUCUCUAGUCCGUGUUUGUGUUCUUUGAACAAAGAUGUUUUAUACGAGUAUCUAAAAGUGAUGAAAUAAUAGAACAGAGAGGCUAAGUUGUCACUGUGGCAGCCGUCGCCAAUAAUCCAGUCAUAUUUUAACGAUUGUAAGGUUUGUAACUAGUCAAAUAAGGGGGAAAAAAAAGACUAUUAUUAAAAAAUCUUCUAGUUCUUA